GAACGCAUUGUGUUUUUCAACAAGGCAGCAGAUCUUUAGCCCGAUGACUUGUUACAAGAUACGAUACAUUACGGUACGUGAAAGCGGACGAUAAAAAUACAGGAAUGGCCGCUGCAUUAGGCGUAGUUCGAUCAUUGUCGUAUAUCACUCCAGACGAGGGUAAUGAUCUAUUAGGAUUCGAUUCUGCCAUCCAUAUUAUGAUACAGUCACGACUGCCAGUCUUGUUAGCCGCCUUAGCUUUAUUGCGUGACACAUUUGCGGACACUGGUAUAAAAUGUAACCCACCCGAAUACGUCACCAACUCUGAGACGGUUAAGUACUUCAAUUCUUACUGUAAGUACAGAGAAAACGAAAGCUUGAUCGGCUACCAUGAAUUCAUACCAUUCUCAUUCACCCUACAAGCUGUUCUGAUACAAAUCCCUAUAUCCGCUUGGAUAGCCUGUGGUGGCAGGAAGUUGUCGAUGGUAGCGAUGUGGUUUGCUAAGUGUUGCCGGGAAAUGUGUUUUGAAGCGGAAGCGUCGAAACGGACAGACGACAAAGUGAGUACGAGUGAAAGAAAGGAUUGGCCAAAAGUUCACUCGAUAAUACAGAGCUACGUAAAUGAAUGGAGUGCCUCCCGAUCGUAUUGCUUGACAUAUUUCUUCUUUAAAGUGCUACUCUACUUGUUUAUAAGCAUAUCUUGGGUUUAUCACUAUCUUCUGCUCUCGAAAACCGUGGAGCCACAAUUCCUUAACAACGAAUUCCUGUGCGAAAUAGAGCAAACUAACGAGACCAUAAACUGUGUAAAAACGUAUGAAAUAUUCAACCAAAUUCUGGUCAUCAUUGAUCUAAUGAUAUGUUUAACAACUCCACUCCUCCUAAUGUGUAUUAGAGAUACACAUGUGUUUCUAUCGAUGUACUACGAAUGGCAAGGAAAUAUCAGGGAGUUCAUACCCUUCUUGGAAAUUCCAGAAAAAUCCAUCAGGUUAAAUAAUACACAGUUACUCAUCUUGUACUAUAAGGAAAACAUUGGCCUUGAUGAGAAAUAUGUUCAGAAGAUAUUAAUCCCGUGGAGAUCUUCAAAUGUAAAAUCGGUUGAAAACGGUUCCGAAGAACUUGGUACAUUUAUGUAAACGAUUUUAAGCCAAACAGGCAUGUUUUAAAACAAUUUUAGACACAGGUAAAUAUAGAAAGUGCCAUUGGAGGAGGGCGUGGGGAAGAGCCCCAAUCAGGGAGAGCCCGUCGAGGAAGCGCGUUGAGGAGAGGAAAAUGUUCGAGAUUGAAUUGCAACAGUGCAUUUUCUAUUAUCGCCGAAAGUGACAGUCAUCUUAGGUAGGCCGUGUCUUCCGUCUAUAGUAAUGCCAUUGUUAGAAACAAUGCCAAAAUGAUAUCACAUUUUGAAUAUGGUGCAAAUUUUAGUGAAUGGCUAACCAAUGCAUGGUCAACAUCUAUUUUAGUGUUUUGAAGGUAAACUAUACACUAUAAACACAGAGCUUUAUAAAUAGGGGACCUUUAUUUUAAUUAUGACUGUCUAGCUGUAUAAAUAGUUGGCCAUACGAUUUGCGAAC